AUUUGAUUCAUUCAGGUGGCUUUCUUUCUCAUCUCUCUCUGUUCUUGCAAAGUCUACUUCAUAAACUAGUGUUUAACAUUUUUGGGUUUAAAUCUUUAAAAUCUUUUCAUCCAGUUUGGGUUGAGAUGGAAAAGCAAAUGAUAAGUCAAUACUUGUGUGGUCUGUUCCAUAAGACAAAGGCAUACUUGGCUGUGUUACUGUUGCAGUUUGGGAUUGCAGGGCUGGCUAUCAUUGCUAAGAUUGCUUUGAAUGAGGGGAUCAGCCAUUACACCCUCGCUGUCUACCGUCACGCCAUUGCAACUGCUGUCAUCUUCCCCUUUGCUAUUAUCUUAGAGAGAAAGGUGAGGCCGCGAAUGACAUUAUCCAUCUUCGCCAAGAUCGCAUUGCUCGGCUUGUUAGAACCAGUAAUUGAUCAGAACUUAUACUAUGCUGGAAUGAACUAUACAUCAGCCACAUUCACCACAGCCUUGUCCAAUAUGCUUCCUGCCUUGACCUUUGUAAUGGCUUUCCUAUUUAGGAUGGAGAAAGUGAAUAUAAGGAAAACAAGAAGCAUAGCAAAAGUGGUUGGAACUAUAGUGACAGUUGGAGGAGCGACGCUAAUGACACUAAUCAAAGGUUCCACCAUAGAUUUGCCAUGGACCAAAGGAACAAGAAGCCAACAUGGAACAGAAGCCAGUGUCCAUCAACAACCUCUUAAAGGAGCUCUUAUGAUCUCAGCUGGUUGCUUCUGCUGGGCUGGAUUUGUCAUUCUGCAGGCAAUCACAUUAAAGACAUACCCAGCUGAGCUCUCUCUCACUGUUUGGAUAUGUUUGAUGGGCGCAUUGGAGGGCACCUUGGUUACCCUAGUGAUUGAAAGGGGCAACUUUGCUAUCUGGUCUCUUCAAUUGGAUAUGAAACUUGUGGCUGUCCUCUACAGUGGAAUAGUGUGUUCUGGGAUAGCUUAUUCCAUCCAAGGAGUGAUAAUGAAGGAAAGAGGACCAGUUUUCAUCACAGCUUUUAAUCCCCUAAGCAUGGUUAUUGUUGCUCUACUAAGUACUUUCAUUUUAGCAGAACAGUUAUGUGUAGGAAGCGUCAUAGGGGCGAUAGUCAUAGCCAUUGGAGUAUAUCUAGUUGUGUGGGGUAAGAGCAAGGACCCAAAGCCUUCAUCAGUAAUACUAGAUGAACUGCCAGCGGAGAUCACAGGCAACGGAGAGAAGAAGAAUCAUGACAAAGAAUUAGUAGCCAUUGUUUUGGCCAAGACAGGAGAGACAACAACCCAGGAACCAAGAGGAAAUUGAGAGCUCUAGGUCAAUUUAAUUGUAACUAGUUUAAAAUUUUGUUUUGUAAUGGAGCAUUCAACAUUAUUGUUGUUAAGCACCCAAAAUCUUGUUCCUGGAGUAUGUAAACUGCCAUGAAUAAAUAAUAUAAAAAACUAUUUUAAGAGGA